UUAGCGGCUUUGGUGCAAGAAUCCCGCAAGAAGAAAGAGCCCCUCUCUCCCCGCUCGUUUCCCACACCGAUGAAAACGGAGUGAAACCACGGCAGCGCGUACUCUGAUUUAUGUCAUCUGGGCAGCCGGCGACACUCCACCUGAGCUCUGCAACUUUUACUUUGAAGGCGGACUUUUCUUCUUCUUCUUCUUCUUCUUCUUGCAUCUGAAGAUUUUUUUUUUUCCCUCACAGCCAGAUCCCUGUCAGGAGCUCAAGAAAGCGGGGCGCAUUCCAAUUCAUUAAAGUUCACACCGACCAUCACGCCAGCACUGUCUCCACCUCCACCCGGGAUGAUGAUGAGGCAUCUAUCUGUGCACUGUCUGAGGGGCGUGUCCCUCCUCCUCCUCCUGCUGCUCCACGCGGCCACCUCCAUGGUGAUGCUCCCAAACUCCACGGGCUGGGAGCAGAUUCUGGACAAGUAUCUGGACGAGGACGGGGACUGGUGGGAGGCCAAGCACAGGGGGAAGAGGGCCAUCACCGACAGUGACGCUCAACUCAUCCUCGACCUCCACAACAAGCUCCGCGGCCAGGUGUACCCACCCGCCUCCAACAUGGAGUACAUGGUGUGGGACACAGAGUUGGAGCGGACAGCAGAGGAGUGGGCAGAAACCUGUCUGUGGGAGCACGGUCCUGCCAGUUUACUGCCUCAGAUCGGACAGAAUCUGGGAGCGCACUGGGGACGGUUUCGUCCUCCCACGUUCCAUGUGCAGGCCUGGUAUGACGAAGUGAAGGACUACUCUUUCCCGUACCCUCAGGAGUGUAACCCCUACUGCCCCUUCAGAUGCUCCGGCCCAGUUUGUACUCAUUAUACACAGCUGGUUUGGGCCACCAGCAGCCGGAUUGGCUGCGCCAUCAAUAUGUGUUACAACAUGAAUGUGUGGGGACAGAUCUGGGCCAAAGCCGUCUAUCUUGUCUGCAACUACUCACCAAAGGGAAACUGGUGGGGCCACUCGCCUUACAAACAUGGGACCCCGUGCUCUGCCUGUCCUCCCAGCUACGGAGGAGGCUGCAAGGACAAUCUCUGCUACAAAGAUGACAGUUCCUACCCUCCGCAAGAGGAAACGGAAGAAAACAACUUCAUUGAGCCGGAGGCCCCCCGCACUCCGCAGAGGCCCCGGCCCAGGGCCCCCAGGCCUGAGUCUCCCAGUCUCCCUGCCCCGGCCCCCACCAAGCCCCCCACAGAGGACCUGCAGAAGAAUGAAGUGGUCAACACACAGCAGAUGUCUCAGCUUGUGACCUGUGACACGAAGCUGCGAGAUCAGUGCAAAGGAACACCGUGUAAUAGAUACGAGUGCCCAGCUGGGUGCCUGGACGCUACAGGAAAAGUAGUUGGGACAGUGUACUAUGAAAUGCAAUCCAGUGUGUGCAGGGCCGGUCUACAUGCUGGAGUCAUCGAUAACGAUGGAGGAUGGAUGGACGUGACGAGACAAGGCAGAAAGGACUUUUUCAUCAAAUCCAACAAGAACGGAGUCCAGUCCACAGGGAAAUACCAGAGCGCUAAUUCCUUCACGGUUUCCAGAGUCACAGUCAAAGCCAUCACAUGUGAGAGCACCGUCGCGCAGCUGUGCCCGUACCAAAAGCCUGUGAAACACUGCCCAAGGUUAUACUGCCCGAGAAGCUGCUUAGAAGAGAAUCCUCACAUCUCCAGGGUAAUAGGUACCGGAACAUACUCUGAUAAGUCCAGCAUAUGCCGAUCCGCCGUCCACGCGGGAGUAAUCAAGAAUGGCGUGGGUGGUUACAUCGAUGUGAUGCCCGUGGACAAGCGGAGACACUACAUUGCUUCAUACCAAAACGGCAUUUUCUCAGAGAGCCUUCAAAACCCUCCUGGAGGGAAGGCGUUCCGGGUGUUUGCUGUGAUUUGAGUGCCCCAGAGGGCGGCUUCGCCAAACAAGAAAAAGCGCACUUGGGCUGGUGAAUAGGCGGUAAUCAAGCCCUGUUGUCAAACUCAAUGACUGAAAUGUUUCUGGCUUUGCUACACUUCAGAGGGUAGAGGUCGUCUCCAUGACAGCGAAAGCCCCAGCAACCAAAAAACUUGACACACAAACACAAAGAGAAACUGUCAGCGCUCACUCGCAUUGGAGUUUUCAUUCUACCAUCUCUUGCAAGAAAUGUUAUGAACUGUAAAUAUAUGUUGUUGUACAUAACUGUUAAUAUGUCUUCGUGCCACCACCUAUUACCUGUAACAGAAUGAUAAAACAUUAUAAUGGCACUUAAUUGUAAUAAGUCUGGCACAUUUUUACUGGUGCUCUGCAGAGGUUUCUUGUCAUAUUUUGUACUUUUGUAAUGACUGGGGAACAAAAUUAUGCAUUUAUUUUUGUAUGAUUAUGCUUUAUAUCAAUAUGAUUUAUAAAGGAUGCUGCUAUAUGUUUGUUUUUUGUAUUGUUAUUGUGAUUGCCAGUGUGACGAGUUUCGUUUGUUUGGUUAUUUUUUCCAGAUAAUGUGGUUUAGUUAAAGCUCCCUGCAGGUCGGGCAGUACACUCAUCCCUCAAAGUUGUCAUGCUCCUAAACAAAACCCUCAUCGUGCACCCCAAAGAUGUUUUCAAGUCAUAUCUAUCCAUCUUCCUUAGACACUGAUAAACACGAGUUAUCCUACGCAACAGUUUUAUUUCACACGGUGUGUAGAGGAAUGGAGGUUUCUUUGUUCAUAUUUUACCAGCUCUCAGCUUUCUCUCGAGCUGCAAUCAAUAUAAUGGACAUUUAAAUGUAUUUUGUCACUGUUUCUCUGUGCAUCAUAUGUAUUUUCCUACCUCACGUUGUUAGGAAAAGUCCAUUUUGCAAUAAAAUAUUACAACCA